AUGUCCUCAUCUCAACAUGGAUAUGUUGGUGAUCUCAUCACUGGGCCGCCUCCAACAAGCAUGGCCUACAACAGACUCGGCAACUCAGGCUUGAAGGUCUCCAAGGUCAUUUUGGGUGCCAUGUCCUACGGAAGCAAGGAAUGGCAGGAAUGGGUCUUAGAAGAGGCCGAAGCUCUUCCUCUCCUCGAGCAUGCCUAUAACGUAGGUAUCAACACCUGGGAUACCUCCGACUUGUAUUCGAACGGAGUAUCCGAGACGAUUAUAGGCAAGGCUUUGUUGAAAUACAACAUUCCAAGAGAAGGCGUGGUAAUCAUGACCAAAUGCCGAUUUGCCAUUAGCGAGCCAGACCAGCCCCAACUCAGUGUAUUCGCUGCAACCGUCAACGAUGGCCGGCUGGUCAAUCGUUCUGGAUUAUCUCGAAAGCACAUAUUCGAUGCUGUGCAAGCUAGUAUGCGUCGACUUGGCACGUACAUCGAUGUGUUGCAGAUCCAACGCAUGGAUCGAGACGUGCCUCGAGAGGAAAUAAUGAGGGCACUGAAUGAUGUAAUCGAAAUGGGAUGGGUUCGAUAUAUCGGAGCCAGUUCUAUGCCUGCUUGGGAGUUCCAAGCGCUCCAGAACGUCGCCAAAGCUCAUGGUUGGCACCAGUUUGUUUCCAUGCAGAAUUACUAUAACCUUCUCUAUCGAGAAGAAGAGCGAGAAAUGAUCCCAUAUUGCAAAGAGACCGGAGUCGGGUUGGUUCCUUGGUCCCCGAAUGCAAGGGGAGUACUCGCACGUCCUUGGAACGAUAUCGAUUCGAACACGUCUAUUCGAAGCCAACACGACAAGACAUUAUCACGACUUUAUAAUCGAGACAAUAUUAUAGAUAAAGCUAUUGUCAGCGUGGUUGAAGAGGUGGCUAAGCAGAAGAACCUUCCAAUGGCUGUAAUUGCUACGGCUUGGUGCAUGAAGAAAGGGGUCAAUCCCAUUGUUGGACUGAAUAGCAAAGAGCGUAUUGAUGAAGCAGUUCUAGCUUCAAAGGUCGAACUAACUAAUGAAGAUGUCGCUAAGCUCGAAGAGGCUUAUCAGCCAAAGGCAGUAACGGGAUAUUGA